GUGGAUUCAGCAGAACUAGGGAAUCAUGAGAGGUCUUUACCUUUGUUUCACUCUCAAUCUUCUGCUCAUCUUGUUUCUAGGACAAAGUAAUGCUACUCAAAAAAGAGUUUAUAUUGUGUACAUGGGAGCCUUGGUUUCGCCAAAUGGUACCCCAAGAACUGAUCAUACUCAGCUUCUGAGCUCCUUGAUGAAAAGGAACAAGAAUUCUGUGGUACAGAACUACAACAAAGGUUUUUCGGGCUUCGCUGCUCGUUUAUCAGAGGAAGAAGCAAAAUCAAUAGCUCAAAGACCUGGAGUAGUGUCUGUCUUUCCUGAUCCAGUUUUACAGCUUCACACUACUCGUUCUUGGGAUUUCUUGAAGUAUCAAACCGCUGUGAAAAUUGAUUCUACUCCAACCUCUCCAUUCGACUCUUCUUCGGCAGGAGCAGACACUAUUAUUGGCAUCUUAGAUACAGGAAUUUGGCCUGAAGCUGAGAGCUUCAUUGAUGAUGAUAUGAAUCCAAUCCCAUCACAUUGGAAGGGAAAAUGCAUGGAGGGCCAAAAUUUCACUUCCUCCAACUGCAACAGGAAAGUGAUUGGAGCAAGGUAUUACGAUGAUCCUGAUUCCGGGACAGAAUUGGGCACGCCCAGAGACGAAAGUGGCCACGGCACGCAUGUUGCAUCCACAGCAGCUGGGAGGCCGGUUUCCGGGGCAUCAUACUAUGGCCUAGCUAAAGGGACAGCAGAAGGGGGCUCACCCGGUUCAAGAAUCGCCAUGUAUCGUGUUUGUACCCCUGGUGGGGGAUGCCUCGGAUCAGCUAUUCUCAAAGCAUUUGACGAUGCAAUUGCUGAUGGCGUCGAUGUGUUAUCACUAUCAUUAGGUUCAUCGCCAGGAGAGCCGGAUUUUUCCACCGAUCCCAUUGCUAUUGGCGCGUUUCAUGCUGUGGAAAAGGGCAUCAUUGUGGCAUGCUCUGCCGGAAACAGUGGCCCUUCUCCUUUAACAGUUGUGAAUGUUGCCCCUUGGAUCCUAACCGUAGCUGCCACAACUAUUGAUCGCGAUUUUCAGGCUGACAUCGUGUUAGGCGGAAACAAGGUGAUUAAGGGUGGAGGCAUAAACUUUUCUGGUCUCAACAAAUCUGCAGUUUAUCCAUUAAUAGACGGAACCUCAGCAAAGUCCUCCUCCAAUCAGCAUGAUGACACUGAUGCAAGAAAUUGCAUCCCAGGUUCAUUAGAUGACAGCAAAGUAAAGGGAAAGAUUGUACUAUGUGAAAACAAGGAUGAAGACUAUGGAUCGAAAUAUAAGUAUGAUACGUUGAAGAGCCAAGGCGCGGUUGGGAUGAUACUGGUCGACAAUGAUGAGAGGCAAGUACCAUCAAAAUACGGAACAUUUCCGAUUGCUGCUGUCACUGAAGCGGAUGGAGCUCAAAUACUAUCUUAUAUCAAGUCAAACAGCAAUCCAAUGGCCACAAUUCUACCAACAGUUAUGAUACCAAAUUACAAGCCAGCUCCCGUUGUUGGCUACUUCUCUUCAAGAGGCCCUACAUUUGGCAUUAAAAACCUUCUCAAGCCUGAUAUUGCAGCACCAGGAGUAGCUAUUCUUGCAGCAUGGCCCUCAAACGAUAAACGAGAGGCUCUGCCUGAGAAGGAACCACCGGUUUUCGACAUACUCUCAGGUACAUCCAUGGCCUGCCCACAUGUUUCCGGGCUAGCAGCAAUGGUAAAGUCUCAGCAUCCCACUUGGAGUCCCUCUGCCACAAGAUCAGCCAUAAUGACAACAGCAAUCCAGAUGAACAAUUUACAUGCCCCAAUCACAACAAACACUGGAUCACGAGCCACCGCUUAUGAUAUUGGAGCAGGGGAAAUAAGCCUGUCAGGCCCAUUGCAGCCCGGACUGGUCUAUGAGACAGAAACCAUCGACUAUAUUCAGUUCCUCUGCAACAUCGGCUACGACACAAGCAAAAUUAAGAGCAUAGCACCCGAUGUUCCUAACAACUUUUCUUGCUCAAGCAACUCGAAUUCUGAUGCAAUCUCCAACAUGAACUAUCCUUCAAUAGCCAUUUCCAACUUGAAAGAUAACGAAAGCAAGACAGUGAACAGAACGGUGACUAACGUUGGUGAAGAAGAUUUAACCUACACUGCCGUAGUCGAGGCUCCUGCUAGCAUGCAUGUUGAAGUGGUUCCGAAUAAACUACAAUUCACAAAGAAUGUCAAGAAGCUAAGCUUUCAAGUGACAUUUACACUUAGUACUAGUUCUGUGGAAGACUUGUUUGGCUCAAUUACGUGGUCUAAUGAGAAGUAUAAGGUCCGGAGUCCAUUUGUUGUAAGUGCUUAACAAAGUAAGCGGAUAAUAGAAAUAUCAAAACGCAGUUGCUUGACAUGUU